AUAAAAAAAAAGACUUAUGUCAAAAUUGGAGCCAGUUUUGAAGUUUCAGAGUCUAUGACACUCUUUUUACUUGUCAAAAGUAGCCGAAGGUAGUGGGUCAAGAUGUUGAUGCCAAAACAAAACCGUGUGGCUAUUUAUGAGUACCUCUUCAAAGAGGGUGUUAUGGUAGCCAAAAAGGACUAUCAUGCUCCCAAACACCCUGAUCUGGAGAAAAUUCCUAACCUUCAAGUUAUCAAAGCUAUGCAAUCACUGAAAUCAAGAGGUUAUGUUAAGGAACAGUUUGCCUGGAGGCAUUUCUAUUGGUACUUAACCAAUGAGGGUAUUGAGUACCUGAGAAUAUUCCUCCACCUGCCACCUGAAAUUGUGCCCGCCACACUGAAACGAUCAGUCAGAACAGAGACAGUCCGCCGCGGCGCCGUCGGCCGCCCUGACGCUCCCGCACGCUCUGCUGAAGAUCGCUCUGCAUACCGUAGAGCCCCAACCACCCCUGGUGCACCCCACGACAAGAAGGCUGAUGUUGGACCUGGUUCAGCUGAUGUUGAAUUUAGAGGUGGAUACGGACGUGGCAGGCCUGCUCCCUAACUUAGGUUUAAUAAAAUAUAAUCUUUAA